CAUGAAAGAAAAUGACUACCGGCUUUCUCUCUAUACAUAUAUAGUGAUAUUUCGCAAAGAGGCAUACAUUGUUUAUCAUUGUCAUUCUCUCAACCUCUCGGAUUUGACCUGUUUCUUCAUCAUCCUCAUGAAACCCAACCUGUUGACCAUCAUUAUCAUCAUCAUCAUGAAAAGGAAAGAAUAGGUAGAAAAAAAGUGGAAAGAGAACGAAAACAUGACGUUGUAUCUGCCGCCCAGCAGGUGUAAGAAAGUUGGAGAAAGAGGCACAGAGAG